GCAGUUUAUGAACCACUAGAAAUUGAGGAACACUGAGUAGAUACACAGAACAAACGCUUCGAAGAAGACUAUAUGCACCAGCAAGGAGUCCACCAAACUUAUAUCUGGAAUCAAAAGUCUUUGUGGCCUUUGCCGGUGAAGAUCUCAAAUUUCAGAGUAACAUCAUCAAACAAGCAAACCACAGUAAAGACACGAUGACAUGCUUCGAUCCUUUCCACAACCAGAUAUAUAGUUAUGACAUCCCUGCGACGAGCGGCGUUCAACAACAUUUUCAACAGAUAGUGCACCUGAAUCACCUGACGAGUUCAGGAGAAUACUAUUGCCAGUUCCAGACAGUCAAGGUGUACUGGUUUCUUCGAGUGAGAGCUGAUGGCUACCAGGAGCCUACAAUCUUGGAUAACACAGAAAUCCUCAUCGUGGCCAUCUUCACCAGUUUGCUGCUGGUUUUCAGUGUGGUUGGGUCAGUGUAUGUCUUCAGAGGAGAUUGGAAAGAGCAGAUUACUUCAUGUGGCAAAACUGACGAGAAACGACAGCAGAACAGAGGAGAAAAUAUGACGAGAAAGAUGGAGGAUGACAACGAAGAUAUAAUAAAACCUCCCUCUACAUCCUUCUACGCUAGUUUAGAGCCUCGGACUGGGUCCAUUUAUGACGUGUUGGAGCCCUCUACUGCAAACAGAGAGCAAGACCAAAAGAAAACUAAACCCAGAAAUGAUGAACCCCAAAAAACUACGGAGCAAACCAGAAAACAACAGGAUGACGACGCAUUUGAGUCUGUCUAUGAGAACUUUUGAAUCAUAGAUGCAUUUCCUUCACCAGAGGAUGACUCUUACUGUAUGUCAGUAGCAGAAAUCUUACCAGGUUGCUUCCCCCAAAGAAUUGUUAUUUAAAAAAAUGUUAUUUAUCAUGAAAAAGUACUAAGUAUAGAAGCAAAGGGAAUCACUGUGCGGGCAGAAUGGGUUCUAUCAGUGUUAAAUUAUAACGUCAUUGCGUUGGAUUAUUAUCAUGAAUGAAUUAUCAUGUAAGCAGCUUUAAAAUGUCGCAGCUUGUUACAGUGAGGCAAAUUAUUUAAUUUUAAAAUUAUAUAUCUAUAUAAUAUGUAAUGUAUUUACUGUGUGAUGUUUAAUUGACUGUAUUAUACUGUAUCACUGCUUUAAAAAAUCGGAAUCUGUAAAAAUGUAGUGGCGUAGAAUGUACAUUAAAUUAUUUGACAUGUAGGAAUAUUCUUGUAAAGUAGUAUAAGUAUCACGGAAUUGUACCUAGGUGCAGCACGAGAGCAAAUGUUGAGACCGUUUAUACCGCCUGCCUCUGCCUACAUGAAAAAAGAAAAAGAUUCCAUGUCGCUCCCCUGUCAGAUUGAUUUCUGGGUUGAAAACAUGAUUCCUGUAUUUAAUGUGACAUCGCUCCUUAUUUGGGCAUACGACGACCAAAACGACUACCAAUAAAAUUGCGAUGUCUGUAUUCAACGAGCCAAUGCCAACGCUGCUGUCAGGUGCACUUCCUGGUUCGAUUCGGUUUGUUGUGCUACAUCGACCAUGGCUGCUGAGGGCGAUUUUCUGGCGAGAUACCGCGCCGUGUCAAACAAACUGAAAAAGCGCUUUCUUCGGAAGCCCAAUGUGGCGGAGGCAAGUGAGCAGUUUGGUCAGUUAGCCAAGGAGCUGAAGCAGCAGGACUGUCUGCAGUAUGCUGCCUUCUGCAACCUGGCCAUGGCUCGGUGUGAGCAGACUCUCUUUAAUGCUCCUGGAGAGGCCUUGGCAUUAACCGAUGCUGCCCGCCUCUUCCUCUCGUCUGAGAAGGAGAACAGGGCCCUGCAGGCCCCGGGCUUUGACGAGCACCUCCAGGCUGCACUUAACUGCUACAGCUUUGCCGUUAAGGUGUUCAUUGAGAUGAACCAGCCGGUGAUGGCAGCCAGUCUGUGUCUAGAACUUGGAAAUGCACUCAAGGAGAUGAACAGACCGGGAGAGGCCGUUGUUCAUUAUCAGAGGGCCGCAGAGUUGCAGACGCAGACCCCGAUCGAGGCUCUGCUGUCAAUGGGAGAAAUAGCCACAUGUAAAAUCCUCACCCGUGACUAUGAUGGUGCGUUGUCGAUUUUCACAGAGACGCAGCUGAUGUGUCAGGAGAGAGGACUGCAGCUGCCAGGCACCAGCACCCCUGUUGGUGCAUUUCUGGACAUCGUGGCAAAAUGUGAGAUCUCCAGAGUACUGCUGUUGAUGCUGCUUGAGCCUCCACCUCAGAAGUUGUUACCUGAACAUGCACAGACUCUGGAGAGAUAUGCAUGGGAGUCCUUUGACCCUCACAGUCAAGUGACCUUCCUGGCUGAGAAUGUUUUCCUGCUCUUGCAGUCAGUAGUGAUGGCGUGUCAGGAGAAAGACACAGAGUCCCUCAAGUCUCUGCAGACUGAGCUGUGGCCGUUUCUGACCGCAGAGCAGAAUCACCUUCUCCACCUGGUGGUUCAGGAGCGCAUCACGCCAUCUGGCCAAGGCAUUUAGUACAGUCCAGUUUCUACUCACUUCCUCUGGGAACAAUACUCCACGUAAUGGAACAUUCCUGUUUCUGACUGGGUCUGUUUUAAGGCCUUAAGAAGUGUUGUUUUCGAAACUUUUGUGUUGGAACUUGCACUCAGACAAAUGCACACGAUACAAAAUUUGCCCUCAUUUAUCAGCCAUGUAGAAUAAUAAAAAAAAAGUGAAAAUCUAA